CUGAUACUGCUACGUAUAUGAUUGUCUGGAUGAGUUAAUUAUUACACACCGAUUCAGUAGUGUUAAGCAUGUGGUGUGAGGGGCUACGUGUAUAAAGGCCAUGAUGUAAACACCGGGCCGCCAGGCGAACACCACACGAGUAGUGGCAAGGAGACUUUUUGAGUAGUGGAGUGCCAGGGAGGCUCCUCGCGCCAACAUGCCAAGGGAGACGGGUGAGCACAAGACACAUUUCCCAAACAAAGAGGCGCGCUAUGACUGCUGGGACGCAAGAGACAAGUUUUGGGCGUGUCUUGAUGCUGGAGGCACCGAAGACAGCUGCAAGGAACUACGAAACAAAUACACGGAGCUCUGUCCCUCAACCUGGGUGAAACACUUUGACAGGAAGCGCCACUACCUCGUAUUUAAGGAGCAGAUGAAGCAAGGAUACGAGCCAUUGGAAUCUAAAGAAGACAAAAGUAACGGAUAGCUUCUGUGAAAUGGUGAUAGUUUAUUUAUUUUGUAUCUAUAUAUAUACUGCAAUUUUAAUAACUAUCUAGGUAUGUACAGACUUAUUCUAGCCAUGGGGGUUGCUGUAUGUAAAAAGAAAAAUAACACAAGCAGAAUCAUUUUGUAAGGGAAUGUGUGAAGGCUUCAGAACAGCAUAAAUAAAACAAAUUUGUUCAGUACUAGAAA